AUGGUCGAGGUUCUGGGCCCUUUGCCUGCUCGUCCGCCUACUCCUCCUCGGACAUCGCGAGCGUUGCUUGAUAACGAUCGGGCGGAGGAUUCGCCGGCAGCUGUACAGACGCCACGCGAUUCUGCCCUCCAUACGAGUAUCUCCACGGGGGUCCCCUCGAGCCGACAAUCCAAGCGCGUGAAUUUCUCGCCAUGGACGAAAUACAUCAAGCCUCCGAUGUUUACGAAUUCGACUACGAAAUUGAAACCAGAAGUCAAAUCUUUACCUCCUUCAAAUGAAUGCAAGCCGGCAAAAUCGAUCCUGAAAGCGACAAAUUCCCCCGUACCCGUUCCGUCCUCCAACGUUGAAAAUUAUACCCCCGAGUCGUUUGCUAUGUUGCUGGAAUCGAUCACGCAGGCAUUGGCCGGGGACGCGAUUAGUUCCCGGUUGGAUGCUUAUAUGCAGUUUUUUGGGGCGUUAAGGGCAUAUGAGGAUCUUCCUGGGGAGAAGGAUAUCGCGGACAAACUGGCCUUGGUCACUCAGUUUAUCCAGCGUGAUAUCACCAAGGAUUUGGACAUUGGUGGACCGGGGAAUACAAACCUAGUCAUACAGGCGUUGAAGCUAUCGGCGGCUCUGGUGUGGCAUCCGAGCAUUUCAAUGCAAUUGCCGGAUGACUUCAAGGUUUUUUUGGUGGACCACGCCCUGAAUAGUCUUCAGGAGGCAAAGUUGCCGAAGUCCGUGUUGACCCAUUACAUGUCAAUCCUCUCGACCCAGAAUUUCAAUGCAAGGAUCGUGACGAAUGCUCGGAUAGUGCGUCUGCUUACGAUACUUCACACUCUCACCGGUCGAGUCAAUGGAAGCGCGAUCAUUUCACAGCGGCUGAGCAUCUACCAGCGGGUUCUGGGACAGGCAAAGUCUACAUUCGUGUCUCACUCUUCACUCUGGAUAGAGCAUCUUGUGUCCGGUCUGCUGCACCAUAUUAAGGAUAUCAGGCUUAAAGCGAUCUCCCUCGGUUUCCAGACGACUAUCUCACUUGGUCCAAACCCCACGUUGUCGAAGUGUAUCCGCGAUCUCUUCGACAGAUCUCUCGAUAAGAACAGGAAGAUGGUGUCGGAGAUAUGCGAGCGGAUGUCACGCAUGAUGUCAGAUGCGGAGACUGGCUCCCAUGUGCCGCAGGUUUGGAGCGUGGUCACCCUUUUACUGAGGACCAAGCGGUUCAGCGUGGACCAUUGGGAACAUUUCAAAGAAUGGGUUCUAGUCCUCCAGAAAUGCUUCAACUGUAGCGACCCAACAAUCAAGGCUCAAGCUAUUGUUGGGUGGAAUCGAUUCAUCCUUGUUGUUAGCCCGAGCGAGACCACUAGCCGUUCCAUGCUUAAAAUGCUAAGCAAACCCGUCCUAUCUCAGUUCGAACGGAAGAAGCAAGACAAAAACGGCUCGCAUCCAAGCUAUCUUGCGCUCAACAGCUAUUACAACCUCCUAUACUACGCGUUCCGCCCAUCGGCUGCUUUCUCGCAUAUCGAUGUUGUCUGGGAGGAAUACAUCGCAUGCCCGUCUUUGAGCAUAUUCGGUUCAACUCCAAGCUUGAGCGAUCGUUUGGCCCAGGUGCUGUCACACAUGCUAUGGAGCUCCCAGGCUAAGGUGUGGACUGAGAACAAAGUCAACGAGAGCAGUAAAGUUGACCCCGAGGAGUUGCCCUGUGUGGAUUGCAAGUGGUUGAGAUCUAGAAUCACUUCUGUUUUGAAGGUGUUUGAAAACAUCCUUAACUCAUCUGUCUGGGUAGACGAUAUCGAGCAGUCUUAUAUUGCUGUCGCCUGGGUCAAUCUGUCAAGGGCCUUGUCUUAUGCGUCGAGCAAGGAAAUCACCCCAUCUCCGGAGUCAAUGCAAGCAGUGGCCCAUGUACUUGGCCUCCUUCAGCGGCUCUGGAUAGCGGGCCCCUCCUCUUUGAAUGCCGCUGGAGACGGUGCGAUGGAAAAAUUCUUCGAGCGAUUCCGCUUUCUGUCAACGACCAUGAUCUCUUCCCUCGGCAGCAUCUCCUUCACGGAAAAGCUUCUCCUCAAGACGGCUGACGAGACAUUCCAAGCUGCCACUACACCUACGCACCGUCAUCCCAAAGCAAACUCCACCCUCGAUAUCCCUAUUUUACAUUUUCUGCGUUUGAUCAGCGACGUGUCUGGAAUUUCAGAACCCACACCCUCCUAUCUAAGCUUGAUCAACGGAACACUCCAAGCAGCAUGCAACGGGCGAAUGUCUAGAGGAUCUCGUCUAGAAUUACUCCGCCAAUGUGCAGAAAUGUAUCCGAACGAGACAGAAUUUGACUUUGCGAUCCAUAAUUUCGCCCAAAUCGUCUGGACAUCGGCGGCACAACUCGCCUCUGAUUCCCUUUGCUCCUACCCCCUUGAAUCCGCUCGCGAACGCGAUGGAUCUGUAUCCCGUGACUACGAAAAUUCUAUCAAGAUUCUGUCGGCGGGCUUAAAGUUCACAGAUGCCUUCCAAACAUGGAAUCAGCUGGCUGGCUCGCUGGUACGCGUUGUGGGGAAUGAGAAGGGCCAUCGCGAGAUUGCCACAAUGGUCGUGGAGCCGCUUGCCGAAUGCAUGAUGAAUGUUAACGUUCGAAACACUUAUUUGCCCUCAGCAUCUCUCUUUUCCUACUCUCAUUCGAUCCCAUACUUCCAUGAAGGCAUCGCUGGCACCAAAGGCACUGUGAACAGCGCUCAGGCCGCCUACCAGAAACGACUCUUUCCCACCAAUCUAGCCGAGUCGGUGAACAGGACGCUUCGAGAGUCGUAUGACAAGUUCGAGCCGUUGGAAACCAGCGGGAUUGCGAACUUCAUCGAGUCUCUGACGUCCUUCCUUGGGUCCGGGGUUUGGCAUUUUCGAUCGGCUUUCCUAGAAAGUCUCCAGGAAUCCCUUGCUCUAUGGAUCAAGGACGACGGACACAAGUUGAAUGUUGCCAGUGGCGUUGAAAGUAGGGUUCUCACGGCCUGCCGCGCUCUCGCCUCCGCCGUGCUCAAUAUUUUGCAAUCUCCCCCGCUAGACGAUACAUCGUCUCUUCAGAGGUUUGAAGUUAUCAUCUGUGCUGGCUUGGAAUCUUCCCACGCGUCAAUUGCCAAGAGAUUUAUCGACUUCUGUACUUCUGUCUCAAGCUCACACAAGGAUCUUGCAUCUGCGAACGUCUCGCAUGUACUGCAAACUUUAGAGUCUCGCAGCAAGCAAUUUUCUUCCUCGACAAACGUCCGACCGGAGAUGAAUGAUACCCAAUCGGAUAUGUCGGCGAAAUCAAACAUUGCAUAUAUCCUAGAUAAUGUGGAAAACUCCCACUCCCCUGGUUUCAGAUCGUCGCCGGUCGUCAGAAGCGAGCCAGUCCCUGCAUCCUUGGACCAGCCCGAUAGACCUCGAGCUGAAUCAUCCCAGAAUGACGGUAUAGCGGACCAGUUGCCUGUUCUGGAUGGUACAAUGUCGCUUACGGACGCAAUUGGAGAUCGCAAGCAGCGUAAGGACGUCUUGGCUAUGAUAGAGAACCUCAGGUCGUCUUCGCCUGUUGUGCCCACGCCAAGGGAACUCGGGUUCAUGACCCCGCCGCAUUUGCGCAAUCUGCGCAAUGCUGAGGGUGAAUCAGAAACUCCCUUGACCCCUACGCUGCCUCCUACAGCUGCCGAUCCCGAGGAUGUCUUCCUGGGGUCCUCUCCCACGCCUAGUGCCAGAGGCAGAACUCCAAGCACUAGAACCGAGACACAACUCUCGAUGACGACAUCAGCUAUCGACUUGAAGAUGGAUCAAGAUCCUCCGUCUUCCCCUCCCCAGAUGAAGGACAUCAGUCCCCAUCGUGAAGUGUCGGAGCUAUCCCAGAGUUUCGCGGACACGGGAAGUCCAACCACAAGCGGCAGACGAAAGAAAUCACCGAAGCGUCUGAAGUCGCGCAAUAAUAAGAAACGCAACUCGACACCGGUCACGAACGGGAACAAUUCUGAGUCGCAGAACCAGCGCCAAGAUGUUCCAUUGAGUAGCCGCUUGCGCUCUCGUGCUUCAGCAGGCAAGGGGUCGGAGAAAUUGGAUUCCCAAACGGAUGGAUCGCCAACGAAGAUGACGCGUGGAUCGAUUGGUAGAUUCACCCAAGAAGAGACAAGGGCUUCCUCCACUCCGAAGCCGAAGUCCAACAAAUUACGCACUGUUUCUCCUUCGGACGGCAACGGCACGCUCGCUUCUCAGCCCCUUGAGACCGCUGCAGACUCGUCAUGUGACGACCUGGAUACUCAGCUGGCUUCUCAACUCGAGCAAGACCUGGAAGGCGCCGCAGAUGUGGUAGGAAAACAGAAUCAUGAUCAACCUACAGAAUCCUCCGGGCAAGUUCCGAUGACGAGGAAGCGAAAGCGCGAGGUGAGCGAGGCGGCCACACCUACCAAGCGUAACAGCAACAAGGAGCUCCGUCGUUCCUCCAGACGAGCUUCCGGAAGAGCCCCCGCAGACAACGAUUCAGGUGAUUACGACUGUCUUACCCAAUCCACGACAUCUCAAAAUUCCACAGCCGCCACAGAAGAUGCCGCAACACCAGCCGAAUCCGCGCCCAAGAAGCAGCGACGCGAGCCUCCAGGCGGAGCGGAUGACAAAAUGGAAAUCGAACCAGCAGUUGAAAAACAGGGUGCAAGCGCGGGUAACAAUCUUGACGCAGGGUUGCUGGACGCCUCUCAAAAACGGCGAUCCUCGCGCCUCAGCGGCCAGGCAGCUCCAGACAUUCCCGAAGAAACCCCACCACCCAAGCGGUCCAAAUCCCCCCGUUCGCGCAACCGAAACCGCCGCAGGAACGAGAGGCGUCGGAAGUCUGCUUCGUUGGAAGCCGCUGCAAGGGCAAACGCCGCGAGAGAAGGCUCCUAUGCUCGGCCCGAAUCAGGCGAAUCCUCCUCGCAAGGGAUUCAGGAGUCGACGCAAGAUAGCUCAGCCAAGCUUCCAGCGCCCCAACAACCAUCUCGGGAACCUUCACCAGCCAAUACAGCCGAAAGCCAGCUGCCUCCUCCGGUCGACACAAUCGAGGAGACCCAGCUAGACGUGGUGCACCCGCCGACUGAGAGAGUGAGGAGCUCCCCGCUCCCCGAGCCGGAACCAGAGCGUCUGGCGGAGAACCCCUCUCCGCAGCCCCAGCGCGAAGAACACACACCCGCGCAGACUGAGCCCGAGCUGCCUACCGAGGAAACACCCACGCCUGCACCUGCACCGACACCAACAGAAGACACCGACAUGGCGGACGCUGAACCCACCGAACCCACCGAGCCCAUCGAAGACGCAGCCGAGCUCCACCCCCUACCCCCCGUUCCCCAAAUCGAGCAGUCCCCUCCUCCUCCCAACACCACAACAGACCUCUUCACCCCCCUUCGCAGCGUCCUCGCAGACAUGAAAACAGCAAGUUUAAACAAAUCCACCCUCAAAGAAAUGGACGACUUGCUAUUCGACAUUAGGGUCGAAAUGCACGAGGCGGCCAGGAGACACAAUCAUACCAACAACAACAAUACCAACAACAACAAUACCAACAACAACAACAACAAUAACCAGGGUAGUUGA